AUGUAUCGCCUUCAGUAUCGCCUUCAGCAUCUCCUCCACUCACAUCUACCAACUUCUCGUCUCCCUCCCAGACUCACCUCGUCGGCAAGGCGAUGCUAUGCCGCUACUCCUCGUCCCCGCCCCACCAGACAACUCCCCCUACAAGGCAUCACCGUCGUCAGCCUGGAACAAGCCAUAGCAGCGCCCUUCUGCACGCGCCAGCUCGCCGACCAGGGCGCCAGGGUGAUCAAGAUCGAGCGGCCCACCACGGGCGACUUUGCCCGGCAGUACGACACCCGAGUGCGAGGCCAGUCCUCACACUUCAUCUGGACGAACCGGUCCAAGGAGAGCCUGGCGCUGGACCUCAAACAGCCCAAGGGCCAGGCCGUCCUCAGGGCCCUGCUCGGCCGCGCCGACGUGCUGGUGCAGAACCUGGCGCCGGGCGCGACAGGGCGGAUGGGCCUGUCGCACGAGGCACUGCAGGACCAACACCCACGGCUGAUCGUGUGCGACAUCUCCGGGUACGGAGCGGACGGGCCGUACAGAGACAGGAAGGCCUACGACCUCCUCGUGCAGUCCGAGGCCGGGGUCCUGUCCGUCACGGGCACGAGAGACGAGCCUGCCAAGGUGGGCCUCUCGAUCGCGGACAUUGCGGCGGGCAUGUAUGCCUUCACCAACAUCCUGGGCGCGCUCAUGACACGGGACAGGACGGGCCGCGGCGCCAGGAUCGACAUCUCCAUGCUGGAGAGCAUGGCCGAGUGGAUGAGCUUCCCGCUGUACUACACGUACCAGGGCCAGCCGCCUCCGAGGCGCGUGGGCGCGGCACAUGCUACCAUCUAUCCCUAUGGCCCCUUUUCGACGGGCGCCGACGGGGGCUCGGUCAUGCUGGGCCUGCAGAACGAGAGGGAGUGGGCGAGGCUGUGCGGCGAAGUGCUGGGAGAUGCGGCGCUGGCGUCGGACGCGCGGUUCAACACCAACACCAAGAGGGUGGAGAACCAGGAGGCGCUGAAGAGGAUCAUGGACAAGGUGUUCUCGACGCUGACGGCACAGCAGCUGCUGGAGAGGCUGGAUCAGGCCGGGAUCGCGAAUGCCAAACUGCGCGACAUGGCGGACGUGUGGGCGCAUCCUCAGCUGCGGGCGCGCGGGCGGUGGACCGAGGUGGACACGCCCGAGGGUCGUGUGCCGGCUCUGAUCCCUCCUGGAUCUGGGGCGGUGGACGAGGCUCGGAUGGAUGCUGUGCCUUUUGUGGGAGAGCAUAAUGAGAAGAUUCUCGCUGAGCUUGGGAUGGAGGAUUGA